AUGACUGAAGUGCCCAAACCAUUACGCGAUCGAUCGAAACCAGAAGAUGCUGCAUCGAAACGUGCUAAAAUCAUGGCACAAAUUCAAGGCGACUAUCUAUGUCAUGGUAAACAUCGAGUGACCAGAGCGAAUCAUAAAAAUGUAAUGCUAAUUGGAAGAACACGAACAGGAAAAUCUUGUAUCAAAAUGUUACUAACGGAUCCAACCAAAGUACCGGAUGAAUUAACUCUUAAAUCUGGUACCAGAGAACCUCUCUUCGAAUCGUUUCAUGCUCAUGACAACAAAAUGGUGCUUAAUAUCAUCGAUACACCUGGCUUGUUCGAACGUGGCACAUCUGAAAUCGAUAUUCGAGACAAUGAGACAAUCAUGCGAACAAUUCAAUUUUGUAUCAAUAUGGAAAUUACAAAGUUUCAUGUGAUUUGUUUUUGCAUAGCUAUUACUAAUGGUAUCAAUGCAGAGGACAUAAAAUCUCUUGAAUUGUUGAUCGAAUUUCUCGGCCCUGAAUUAGCAAAUAAUUCGUGUUUGAUUAUAACCCACUGUGAAUCGAAAGCCGUAGAUCAACUUGAAACAUACAAACAAGAACUUUUACAAGAUCAUUUUUUCAGAAGCAUCGCAUCGUAUUUCAAACUGGGCAUUUUCUUUUCUGGUUCACUCAAUCGAGACGAUUACAACAAUGGCAAUGAAAGUCUCAUAGACCAAUAUGUUACAAUAUCUGCAUAUCGCGAACGACUCAUCGAGCUAUUCACAUGUCUAAGCGUCGAACCAUUUCCAAUUUGUCAAAUGCUGAUGAAUCAAAUCUCGAGUACUCAUGACGAAUUGAUCAAGAAACAAUUGGAUACGGCUAAAGAAAAGAAUGAAGAACAACAACAGAUCAUCAGCCAAUUGCUGGAUGUGCAAGACUCAAAUCGAACUGAGAUUCGUGAUCUUUUAGAACGCUUUCGUGAAUCAGUUGUACAAGGAGAAAAGGCGCAAGUAGAAAUUCAAAAUCAACAACAUCGCUGCGAAAAAUUACUUCUCGAAUGUGGCACGAAUAUGACUGAUAAACAUUUGAUGAACAGUUCGCAGGAAAAAUAA